CAAGCCCGAUUCUGCUCUUCUUUCUUCUCCCUGCAGCUCGAAAGCCCCUCCAAGCCGCCGGCACCUUCCCUUGAGGAAAACCGGUGAGAAAGCUUGGAUUUCUCCUUCUUUUCUUGCUUUAGAACGCAUCUAGAACCCAGAAACGUUUCCCCCCUGCAGAGAAUUUCAGAUCUACUCUAUUCUUCCCCUUGCUGUCCGCGAAUUUCUGGUGGGUGGGUGGCGGAAAUUUCCAGCUUUUUUGAAUUUCUUCUCCUCUGCCGCCAGCCUUCCCCCAAACCCGCCAGCUCCGACCUUGCUUAUUGAAUUCCGGUAUGAACAGCUUCCUUUAAGUCUGAAUUACCCACUUAGUUGCUGCUUGUUGAGUUUUGAUUGGUUGAAUUGAUUCCCCCCUGUUGUCCGAAAAUUUGUGGAAAUAAGAAGAAAUUUGGCAGCCGUUUAAAUAUGUAGAGAAAUUAGCUUGAUUAGUUGCUGUGAUUUUUGGAGAAAAAAACCCCGUGAAUUAGCUAUGUUUUGUCAAUUGUGGGAGUUGAGGUACUGUUCACAUGGUACUGUUCACGGGAUGUUCGGUUAUGUGGAGAUUGAUAGAAAUAGCACUGCGAUUAGGGGUAGUGCUAAUAAUGAUUUCAAUUUGAAUUUGUGGUACCACGAUAUUAAUUGUGGAAUAUUGUGAUUAGGUUUUUAUCGUUCUGUCACUGUAGCACUUGGGUUAGCCUUCUGUUCUGUGCGAGUGAGGUAAGUAAAUUAUGGUAAAGCUCUUCGAUUUCAAAGCGUGUUUUAAAUUGUUUUUGAGAUGGUGGCAAGCUUUAAAUUGAUUUAAAGUGAUUUAAUUAACACUGAGCAUGAUUGGUUUGAAAUGGAGAUUUUGAUGAUUUUUAUGAAAAUUAUUAUUUUCUGGAAUUGAGCAUAAUUAGAACGAAAUUGUUUUUGUUGCAUUGAGUUGAGAAUGCCUAUUUGGAAUUGACUGAACUGUUUUGAUGAACUGAGAGUUUUGUAAAUGUUGAGUUUUCUGUUAAAUCCAUGCUCACAUGGAAAUUUUCUGGUUUAUUUCUGAAAUGGAAGAUUGAUUGUGAAUUCCGAGUUUUUCUGUAAAUUCUGCAUGGUUUUGUCUCGGAUAUAGUCAUGAUUUUCGAUCCCCGCUAGUGGGUGUAACGCUAGCACUUCUGAUCCCCGCCAGUGGGUGUAACGCUAGCACUUUUGAUCCCCACUAGUGGGUGUAACGCUAGCACAUGUUGACAUGUUUACUGACAUGACCGGUUUAUUCUGACGCCUGCCACUGGGCAAAUACAUUGGCAAAUUCCGACGCCUACCACUGGGCGAAUACAUUGGCACAUUCUGACGCCUGCCACUAGGCGAAUGCAUUGGCACAUUCUGACGCCUGCCACUAGGCGAAUGCAUUGGCACAUUCUGACGCCUGCCACUGGGCGAAUACAUUGGUAAAUUUCUG